AUUUACUAUUUAUUGAUUAGUUCCGUACAGUUAUGAGCAGAUCAGUAAAGUGAAAUUGGACGUGUGGAGAUUCAUUUUUUGGAAAUUACGAAACCAUUGUUUUCGUGGCAAAAAAAUCAUUCAACCACUGUGUUUAGAUUUCUUUGCGAACGACAUAAUCCGCACAUUAUUCGCAAAUUACCCUCGAACUAAACAAAUGGCGCAAGUGCGCUUUGCAAUUUCCACAACUUUUCGUCAAGUUACCAGCAAGAUAUCACUCGGGAAACAACAAACUAUACAUUCCGAAGGUCUAUUAAGUAAUUGUAGGCCAUUAAAAACAUUAUCGAAGGCCAAACAUACCCAGGUCAGCUCGAGAAUCGACCUAAAUGAAAAUUCGCAAAAAAAUUCCCCAAAUUUAGGACUUGUCUUUGGAGCAACAGUACUUUGUUCUGGAGUUGUGCUGUAUAAUUGGAACCGUCAGGCAAAAUGUAAACCAAGCGCUAUCCAAGACGUGUCCGGAGGUCAAGUUGUGACGAGAGAUGGCAUCACCGCAGGCAAGCUUGGUGAUGAUAUACCAAAGCUUCCACCAGGGCCAAUCAAAGAGUACUCAAAAGCUGAGGUUGCCAAACAUAAUACGGUUAAAGAUGGAAUUUGGGUGACAUACAAGGGUAAUGUGUAUGAUGUCACCCAGUUUGUUGAGCAACAUCCCGGAGGAGAUAAGAUCAUGUUAGCCGCUGGGGGUGCCUUGGAACCAUUCUGGAGUCUCUAUGCUGUGCAUAACAGUGAAGAGGUCAAGGAAAUUCUACAGGAAAUGCAUAUCGGUUCAUUGAAAUAUGACAUGAAUGAAGAUGUCAUAGAUAUUGACGAUCCUUUCGCACGUGACCCGCAGCGCCAUCCUGCUCUUAUGAUCAACUCAUUGAAACCGUUCAAUGCCGAGCCCCCGCCAGAGUUGGUCGUCGAUAGCUACAUAACGCCUAAUGAGCUUUUUUUCGUGAGAAAUCACCUUCCUGUUCCUGUCGUUGAUCCAAAGACCUUCAGACUCGAGAUUGAAUUUUCGAGUGGAAAAACUAAGAAAUUUUCAUUGGAUGACUUGAAGAAGUUCAAGGAGCAUACAAUAACUGCAUCGUUGCAGUGUGCUGGCAACAGACGUUCAGAGAUGUCAAAGUAUAAACCCGUUAAAGGCCUUAGCUGGAAUUUCACUGCAAUCAGUAAUGCUAGAUGGACUGGUGUACUGCUGCGAGAUGUUCUCCAAUCUGCAGGUGUUACUCUCACAAAUGAUGAGAUAAAACAUGUCCAGUUUGAAGGUCUUGACAAGGAUCCAACUGGUGCACCUUAUGGGGCUUCUAUAGCAAUUGAGAAAGCAUUGGGUCCAUUUGGAGAUGUACUGUUGGCUUAUAAAAUGAAUGGAGAGGAGCUUCCAGGGGACCAUGGGUUUCCUCUGAGGGUGAUAGUCCCGGGAGUGGUGGGGGCGCGCAAUGUUAAAUGGCUAUCCAAAAUAAUCCUCAGCGACAUUGAAAGUCAAAGUCACUGGCAACAGAAUGAUUAUAAAGGAUUUUCACCAUCUGUUGAUUGGGAUUCUGUCGAUUUCAAGAAGUCUGUCGCUGUUCAAGAUUAUCCAUGUCAGUCCGCGAUCUGUCAGCCAAAAAAUGGAAGCGAAGUUCAUCGUUCGGAGGAAACUGUUGUUGUUAAGGGGUAUUCGUGGAGUGGAGGAGGACGUGAUACAAUAAGAGUGGAUGUAUCUGGGGAUGGCGGGAAAACAUGGAAGGUUGCUACCUUGCAAAAAGAGCAUCAAACUCCGUAUCGAGCAUGGGCGUGGUCACUAUGGGAAGUAGAGUUACCGAUUCCAGCUGAUGGCAAGAAGAUGGAGAUUAUCUGUAAGAGUGUCGAUGACUCGUACAAUGUUCAGCCAGAUUCAGUGCAGGGAAUUUGGAAUUUGCGAGGGUUGCUCAAUAACUCCUGGCAUCAUAUUGCUGUUGAUGUAAAAGAAGAAUAAAUGUCUCCAAGAGAUUCUUCGUUAUCAGGUGUCACAUGAACAAAUACAAAAAAUGAAAUAAAGAGACUAUGAAUAUGAUUGUUUUCAGUUAAGGAAAACUGCACUAAAGGAUUCCUCAGAAAUAAGUGAACACAACAAUUAUAACAAAAAAAAUUGCGUUUGAUUAAUGAGAUGAUAUUAAUCACAUAAUACCAUGACAUUAACAUUAUAAUCAUGUGUUUGUACAUGAUGAAUAACUGACUGUUUGUUUUUGGCAGGUGGGACUAAUAAUUGCAAGGAGCCCAACAAUCUUGCAUCAAGCCAUACCCCCUCCCCUCCCAUGUUGCCUCCCAUGCCCCCUCCCCCUUCUCAAAUGUAGGAGUUUCAUUAUCAGCAGGUACAGGCAAUUUAAGCCGGUUGUUUUCACAAAAUGGCCUGAUGUUUUUAGGGUCUUUUCAAUGUUAAAUAAUAGUUAAUUUUGCCUGUUGUUUUCAUUUAUUUAGCCUGUUUUGAGAAAUUCUAGUGAAACCC